AUGGAUAUGCAGGUGGCAAGAGAGGAUAACUCGAAAGAGUCGAAUAUUACUCGAUGUUCCGUACAUCAAAAGAAGAUUGACACAAAGGAGCCUGGUAUUGAGAAAGUGUUUAACAAGAACAGUGAACCGGAGAAGUUGAAAGGAAAGGAAGUUCGGGAUUUUUUGCGACGGCGAAAACAAAGUGUUCGUGAUCGUCCAUUGGCAAAAUUAGCCGGUGAUCUGAAGAAUGAAUGGGAGAAGAGAGAAGAUAACGGCAUUGAGUGCAAGAAGAAACGAGAAAAAAGAGUUAGAUGGGCCGACCAGUUGACAUCACAUCAUUCGGGGAACAUUGAGGCGAAAGGGAAGAGUGUUACUGGUUCGCCCACUACGGUUGCGGAGGUUUCCAAGCCAAAAAAAGCCAAGGAAGCUUCGUUUCAUCCGACGUACCCCUCAAUGAUCCGCAAGAUGGUAUCCAAGUUGAAGGUAUCCGAGUCUGGAUCAUCGAGGGCUGCUAUCCUGAAGUUCAUGAUGUCGCGCUGCAAUCUUGCAGACUAUUUCACUAAGAUCAAUUCCCAUCUCCGCAUUGCGCUUAAAAAUCCUGUCAUGAACGGUGAAUUGAAGCAGAUUAAGGGAAUUGGAGCGUCUGCAAGCUUCAGGCUUGGUAAGAAGAAGUCCGUGUCGGCGACUAAGAAGGUAGGUGGUGGACGUUCUGCACAUUUUGUUCCGCAUUUUUCGGAUGGUAUAGUAUCCAAGAAUUUAAAAGUUCCGGGUUCUAAGACGAAAAAGAUUAAGGCAUAG